UGUCCGUUCGACAAUUGGUCGAAGGCACACUCCCUUGACAUCACUUAAGAAUGGUUCCUGCGACACUGAUAUCCGUAGCAAAAAAAUAGUCAUAUAUCGAUCAUCGAUGCAUCCAUCUCAGGACCAAAGUAUGGCAAAGAUAUAUCAGACCACCGCGACAGAUCUGUUCGCCGCGCGAAAUAGUAAAAUAUGAGUUUGGUUUUGAAGGUGUUGUAUGUCAUUCACGUGACUUUAUAGUCCGUGCAUUGGAAUAGUCUCUAAUCACGGGGUUCUGAUGAGGAACAUCAACACCGGUGAUCUGACAUUCGAUACUUCUGUCCAUGAAGCUCAUAAAGUCUUUCCCGGCCAACAAUAGCUCAACGAAGCUAGGCAUUUUGAUUCAUUGGCUCAGAAAGAACAGGAGAGAGUCUUCAUGGGAUGGUUUCGAACGCUAUUGAAAGAAGAGCUAGAACAAAUAGCAUGCCAACUUGUGGGAAAAAAUAGGCUUGGAAAUGGACUCACUGUGGUCCGAUGGAAGACUGGAGGGUAUAACGUGACUUUUCGUGUCAAUUAUGAUGAUGGCUUCCAGGCCAUUAUUCGUUUCGCUGCCCUUGGUCAAUCCCUUUAUCGUACCGAGAACGUUGAAAACGAGGCCAUUGUUCUUCAAUAUCUCCGUAAGAACACGAAUAUUCCUGUUCCCCGUUUAUUAGGGGUUGGAAAAAUUGCUCUCGCACCCUACAUCAUUGAAGAAUUUGUGGAGGGGAGAACUUGCUUCUGGUCCUUUCAUGGAAUCCAGAAUAGAGCGACAAAAUCUGGAUUCCAAUGUUAGUGAGCAGAAACUGAAAAUUCUCUAUAGCGAAAUGGCCGGCAUUGUGCUUGAGAUGUCGAAACCAGAGUUCACGCAUAUUGGCUCUCUGGUUCAAACCGAAAAUGGAUAUGCUAUUGGCAGACGUCCACUCACAAAAUAUGUGAACGAGCUGGCAAUGAAGGCUAAUCUCGCGCCACAACACUUCCCUACCUCAAACUCAAUUUACACGACGUCUGUUGGCUACUUUGGGUCCUUGGUUGAACAACACAU